UUACCAGCUGCAACCCAUCUCAAGUUUUCACAUUCUUCACUGAAACCUUUUCAACUCCUUAAACUACAAGCCACUUGAUUUUCUUCUGAGAUUCCUUGAUAAAAUUUACUAUGGCUAUUCGUUUUCCUGCAGUUCUUGCUAAGCAAAGCUUCCGCUGGUCAUCUCAUGCUGCAAACAAAUCUUCGUCGAGGUGUUUAGAUGUACCCAAAGGGUUCGUAGCAGUUUACGUUGGCGAGACUGAGAAGAAGCAUUUUGUGGUUCCAGUCUCCUACUUGAAUGAGCCUUCAUUUCAGGAUUUGCUAAGUAAAGCUGAAGAGGAGUUUGGGUUUCAUCAUCCGAUGGGUGGUUUGACAAUUCCAUGCCGAGAAGAAACUUUUAGACUCGUCACCUCAAGCUUGAAUAGAUCAUGAGAUUAGCCACUUAAGGCCAUUCACUGAAGAGUGCAAAAUUUUGUUUGAGAAAUUUCAACUCAAUGUAAAUACUUUCUUCUCUUCCUUUUUGAGCUGAAAAGCUUUAUGGGAAGAAUUAAAAGGAUGUCCCAUAUGAGAAAAAAAAUUAAUGGAGUUAUUUUUUUUUUAUUGCAA